CAGGUAAAGCGACAGAAUACUGCCUAAACAUUAUGGAAAGCCUGAACACUACAACUGAACAGAUAACCUAUGUCUUGAAAGAGAAUGGCAGCUUUAAUAACACAGACCAAGACUUUACAACUGAUGAGUAUGAUGUGUCUGCAAUCAAAAUCAUAAUACCAACACUGUUUACAAUAAUAACAGUAAUAGGAACAAUUGGAAGCUGCCUGGUAAUCUACACAUUGGUGUUUAAGAAAAAUUCAAAGAAACAAAUGAUCUUGAAUGGUUUGCUGGUGAACCUGGCUGUAGCAGAUCUAUUGUUCAUAAUCAUUUGUGUUCCGGUAGCUGCAGCAUAUAGAGUUAUGGAAAACUGGCCAUUUGGAGAUGCUAUGUGUAAAUUAUUACAUUUUCUCAAAGAAUUUUCUGCAUAUAUGUCAAUAUAUUCAUUAGUUGCAAUUUCAGUCACAAGAUAUUUCACCAUUGUAAGGGCACGAUUUUCUGGCAAUAUACCAAGUCAGCACAGGAUGUACACACUUUUUGUAUAUAUGGGAUUAUGGGUAAUAGUACCUCUUGUGAACAUUCCUAAUUUGUUCAUUUUUGGAACAAAGAAAUUUAGACCACAUCUAUAUGGAAGAGUAUAUACAUUAUGUGGGUCAAUUUAUCCAGAGGCAAAUAAGAAAAAGAUGCUUUGUUUUCUUGUGUUCUCUUACAUUCUUCCAGUUACUAUAGUUUCCGUCACCCAUUUUCUCAUUGUACGUCAUAUUAACAAGAACUCAGCUGAUGUCACUCCAGGUUCAAUCAGGAGAAGGCGCAAUGCAAACAGAAUCAUCAUCGCCACGACAACAGGCUUUGCAGUAUGCUGGCUACCGAUUCAACUAUAUGUAAUCUUAAGCAGUUGUUUACCAAUCCAUGUUAUAUACACCAGUGAAGCUUUUGCCAUAUUUGGUAUUGUGGCUGAGGUACUAGCAUACUCAAAUAGUUGUAUUAAUCCCAUCAUCUAUAACUUUGUGUCAGAAGAUUUUAGAAAAGACUUUAUCGAAAAUGUCUGUGCAAAAUGUUUCUAUUCAAACAGAACUAUUUUGGUAUCAAAAACAUCUGAUACCUCAAACAGAG